CCUCACCUCACCUCACCUCACCCCACCACACCGCUCCUCUCCUGCUAUUCGCCAGGUAUGUCAUCUUUAACAGCCAACAUGUUCUGAGCUACAGGGAAUUUCAGAAAACUCCAGAGGAGCACCAUGGAGGAACAAAGACUAGCACUGAUCAUGACCAUGUGGCUCUUCAGCAGCCAGAAUCUACAGCAUGCAUCAGCUUUUAACCUGGAUAAUACCAACAUUUUGAGGAAAAGUGGGGAACCUGGGAGUCUGUUUGGAUUUUCCCUCACAAUGCACCAUCAACUCAAACCUACGGAUCAGCAAUUCUUGCUGGUUGGUGCUCCACAUGCGAAAGCUUUACCCAGUCAGAAAGGCAACAUAACCGGAGGUCUGUUUCGCUGUAAAUUCACGACACAGAGUGACGACUGUGAACGGAUCCCUGUAGACACUAAAGAUUCAAAACCAGGACAGGGAUUAGACCAUCGGGAAAACCAGUGGAUGGGUGUGAAUGUGAAAAGCCAGGGUCCAGGAGGAAAAGUGGUGGUUUGUGCUCACCGCUACCAGCAGUGGAUACAUGAAAAUCAGCUGAUACUGGGCAGAUGCUUCAUCUUGAAAGAGAGCCUGAUUGUAGAAGAAACAAAAACGUUCUGCAGCAAUCGAGGCAGUUCUAAGGAAGAUUUUGGUUACUGCCAGCAGGGCGUCUCUGCAGCUUUCACCAAAGACAAGGACUACAUCGUGUUCUCGGGGCCUGGUGCAUACGACUGGAAAGGCAUUGUCCGCAUGGAGCCCAUUGAAAAUCUUUUUCUGGAUUUUUACGAAACUGAAAACUACAACGUGUUUGAUGAGAAUUACAUUCCUCUGACCAUCAGAGGCUUUUUAGGUUUUUCUCUGGACACAGGAACAAAUGUGUUACAGAAAGGGGAGCUGGUGAUAGUAGCAGGAGCACCACGCUCCAAUCUCAGUGGAGAAGUUCUUCUCUUAAAGCCUGUUUCUGUACGGGAUCAGAGGAAUCUGUGUUUAGCUCACAUUCUCCAAGGCCAAGGUCUGGCAUCGUCUUUCGGCUACUCACUGGCUGUAAUGGACCUCAACGCAGAUGGAUGGGACGAUAUUGUGGUUGGUGCUCCUCAGUACACCUCGAUAGACAUGGACGAAGAAACAGGAGGCGCUGUUUACGUCUACAUAAACCGCCGAGACGGCCGAGACUGGGACAGAUUACAGCCAGACGUUCUUAUCGGCAAUAAAGGCUCCAUGUUUGGACUAGCGGUGGCAAAUAUUGGGGACAUCAAUCAGGAUGGAUACAACGAUUUAGCAGUUGGAGCACCUUAUGAUAAUGACGGUAAUGGUGCAGUGUACAUUUAUCUCGGCAAAACUGGACACUUGCAAAAAGAAAACCAAGUAUUACAGGGAACAACCCAUCAAAUCAAGUUGUUUGGCUAUUCCUUGACUGGAAACAUGGAUAUUGAUGGGAACGGCUAUCCGGACGUGGCUGUUGGCUCACUUUCUGACACCGUCCAUGUCUACAGGUCAAAACCAGUAAUUAGUAUCGAGAAAUCCUUGACUUUAACACCUGGUGCAAUGAACUUCCUUAAAGAAGAUUGUCAGAAAGGUCACUGCUUCAUAACGGCUAAAACCUGCUUCUCCUACACGACCUAUCCAGGGAUGUAUAACCCCAGUCUGAAGAUUCUGUACAAGCUGAACGCUGAUGAUCAGAGGGUUCAGAAUGGCCAACAGUCCCGCCUCAUUUUCUAUGAACGGUGGGAUCAGAAUGAUCGUCAGUCCCGAUUCAUUUUCAACGAACACUUAGGAAACAUUUCUCUCCAGACACAUGGACAAAAACAAUGUGUGCGAAACCACCUUCGGCUCCGGGCUGACACCAAGGACAAGCUUACAGAAAUCACUGUCAGCAUGUCAGUGUCUCUACUUCAAAGCAGUCCUCUUCAGACGUUAUGCCAAAGCUCUUUACCUGCUCUCGAGCCAGUGCUUAAUGAUCUCCAGCCUCAGGAAAGCACAGCUAAAUUCAUGUUUUUGAAUCCUGAGUGUGGAAGGGAUAAUAUCUGUCAGAGUAACCUGCAGCUGCAGUACACCUUCUGCAACAAACAACAACAUCUGGACUUGUGUUCACCACUAGCUAGGGAGGACGGAGUGGCAGUGAUCUCUCCCGGUGCUGGGACCACGGCGCUGGAGAUCACUGUAACCAAUCAGGAUGGAGAUGAAGCUCAUCUCGCUCAACUGGUUGCGAACUUUCCAGAAUCUCUUCCUUUAUUGUCGGUCGUCCUCAAACGAGACAGUGAACUGAACGUGAAGUGUGACGUGGACGGGACUAAAACGAGAGCCGAAUGUGAUCUUGGAAAUCCUUUCAGAAGAAAUGCAAAGGUAACGUUUUAUCUGUUGCUAAACACCGAUCUUCUGAGCCCGAGCGUAACUGACGUCAACGUGACACUCAGUCUCCAGACGAUCAGCGUGCAAAAUAUUACAGCAAUCGUCGCAGAGGCUCGAGUUUUUUUGGAUCUCCAAGUGUUUGGACAAGCCAAACCUUCUCAAGUGUACUAUCGAGAAGAGGAAGAGAAGAGACAAUCAGAUAAGGAGAUCGGAGAACCUGUGCAGUACCAGUUUUCAAUCAGUAACAUGGUUCGACCUCUGAAGUCCUUCACCUCUGUGACCCUCAACAUCCAGUGGCCGAAAGAGAAUAAAGAAGGAAAGUGGCUUUUUUACCUGCUGAACAUCACCGGGCCCAAUAACCAGAACAUCCCGUGCAGCCCAGUCUCUGAGAUCAACCCUCUGAAACAUGCUCAAGAGGUGAUAUCCAGAAGCAAACGUGAAGUGAAAGACGAAUCCAGACACUCAGCUCUCGGCUCUGAUGGACUCCUGUCUUUAUUUGGAAGCAAACGGCAUUACAAAUAUUUGACAUGUGACGAUGAAUUAAAGUGUGUGCAGCUCAGAUGCCCCCUAAAGGCAGCAGACAGAACUGCAGUCACUCUGCACUCACUCCUGUGGAGCAGCACUUUUAUUGAGGAAUACAGCUCUCUGAAAUAUCUAGACAUUGUGCUAAACGCUUCUCUGAGCCUUGAUGGAUCGCAGAAGAACUUCAGACUCGGAAAAUAUCACACACAGGUGAGACUUACAAUAUUUCCAGAAAAGAAGCCGACAUUUCUCAGUCGAAUCCCCUGGUGGGUGAUUCUGCUCAUCGUGGUACUCACGCUGCUCCUACUUUGCCUCCUGACCUACUUCCUGUACAAGCUGAGAAGCCUCGACUGCUCAACGUGCAGAGAAAACAAAAAAUAUCACAGUAUCUAUGAUAAUCAAGAUAUGAAAUAAACACCUAUGCAAGAAAUCCAACAGAAAAAAAAAAAAUGUUGGUGUUUUAUAGGAUGUCAAAGGAGCAUUGUUCAAUGUGAAUACUGAGCUAAUUUUACUGUUUACUAUUAAAAAGUAGUGCAUGUGUGAUCUAGGAAUACUAUAACAAGGUAAUAGAUAUUCAGUCAAAGCUCUAUAUACUGUGCUUCUGUACAACAGAAAGUCAUGAAGUGCUUUAUUCCUUAUGUACCACAUCAUUACACAGCAACAUGUCAUACGUCAUGAAUACACUGACCAGGCAUAACAUUACGACUGGUAAGGUGAAGAUCACUGAUGAUCUCUUCAUCAUGGCAUUUGUUAGUGCGUUUAUAUUUUUAUUAGGCAGCAAGUGAACAAAGCUGACGUGUUGGAAGCAGGAAAAAUGGGCGAGCGUAAGUAUCUGAGCACGAGCUCCUGCAGCUCAAACUGCUGAACAAGUUCAUUUCGUUGAUGCUCGACGGGUCACGACUGUUUCGGCAGGCAAAGGGGAACCAACACAAUAUUAGGCAGGUGGUCAUAAUGUUAUGGCUGAUCUGUGUAUAAACCUGUAAUUACAUGUAAUUCUGUGAAAAGUCCACAUUCUUGCUAUCACUUACAUUAAAGCAGCUGAAACCAGUUACUCCAUUAUCAACCUUUUGAUUUUUUUUAUGUGAAACUCAAAUAAAAAAAUGAAACUUGUUAA